UUUUGUAAAAACUAUAUCGAAGGUUCCUACCAUUGUUUGUCAGCAUGCUCCCCUGACACUGAGUCUGGUGGCACAGUUCUGAGCACCAAUUGGGAGGAUGUCGGCAAAGGUAAAGUCGAGAUGAAGCCGCCGGAUGGUAUGGAGUACAAGGAGUAUCCUAAAUGA